UCGGUCUGCAGGAUGGAGGAGCAGCAGCAAGAGGAGCAGAGCUCCCGCUUCAUCGUCGACAGGGUGGAAGCCGACGUUGAAAUGGGUGACGUUGGCGGCGACGACGGCGGCGCCGACGAUGACAGCCCGACCGCCUCGAUCGGCCAGUACACGUACGUGUACGACACGCGCUAUGCCAAGAGCAUGGGCCAACUCACCAGGGAGGCCCUCCCCAGGGACGAGAACUACAAGGAUAUCAUGUCGUUCGGCGACUACCGACCCACCCUCGACGAACUCCACGAGGGACAAUUCAGGGAAAAGAAAAGCAAGCAAGACGUGGCCGAAGUCCAAAAGAAAGGAAAAGUGAUCAAGUUCGGCUGGCUGGAAGGCGUGUUUAUGCGAUGUCUGCUCAAUAUCUGGGGUGUGAUGCUCUUCCUGCGUCUCUCGUGGGUCGUCGGCCAGGCAGGAAUUUUGGAGGGCCUCCUGAUCAUCACCCUGGCCAACGUGGUGACCGUGGUGACGGCCAUCUCCAUGUCGGCCGUCAGCACCAACGGCCAAAUCAGUGCCGGUGGAAUUUACUACAUGAUUUCGCGGUCGCUCGGACCUGGUUUUGGCGGCGCCAUCGGCCUCAUGUUCACCCUGGCUAACUCGAUCGCCGUGUCCAUGUACAUCGUGGGCUUCUGCGAGUCGCUGCAGGAUCUGCUUGCUUCUUAUGGCACCGUCCUCAUUGACGGCGCCACCAACGACAUCCGAGUCGUCGGCAUCAUCACCCUCAUUGGCAUUUUGGUGCUCGCCAUUGUCGGCAUGGACUGGGUCACCAGAUUCCAAAUGGGUCUAUUGGUUGUGCUAAUUUUCUCUCAAAUCGACUUCAUCAUUGGGUCAUUCUGGGGUCCCUUAGACGCCCAGGAGCAGGCAAAGGGUUUCGUCGGCUACAGCAUGGAAACGUUCACGAAUAACUGGGGCCCAGACUAUCGCACGCAGGAAGGUGUGGACCACGACUUCUUCUCAGUUUUCGCCGUUUUCUUCCCUGCCGUGACGGGCAUUGUUGCCGGCGCCAAUUUGUCUGGCGAUCUCAAAGAUCCAGGUAGUGCCAUUCCUCUCGGCACACUGUUAGCCAUCGUCGUCACUUUUGUUUCGUACUUCGGUUACGCUAUUAUGGUAGGCAGCUGCGUUUUGCGUGACGCCUCAGGCAACGUGACCGAAUAUAUGUUGGGACUGAACGAGAGUGCCAGUGAUGCGUUGAAAUAUGUCGCUAAUUGCACCGGCCGCGAGUGCGAAUUUGGAAUUGCAACUGACAGUCAGGCCAUGGAGCUGGUUUCUCUGUGGGGACCCCUGAUUUACGGCGGUUGCUUCGCAGCCACCCUUUCCUCGGCCAUCGCCAGCUUGGUUGGUGCUCCCCGCGUCCUGCAGGCCCUGGCCAAAGACAAACUCUACCCGCUCAUCGGAUACUUUGGCGAAGGCUACGGAGCAAACAACGACCCCGUCCGCGGUUACGUGCUUGUCUUCAUCAUCUCUUUCGCCUGCAUUUUGAUUGCUCAGCUGAAUGCAAUUGCGCCGCUUCUGUCCAACUUCUUCCUGGCAGCUUACGCCCUAAUCAACUUUUCUGUGUUCCACGCCACUAUUUCCAAAACGCCUGGAUGGAGACCGUCGUUUAAGUACUACAAUGAGUGGGCUAGUUUGGUUGGCACAAUUUUGUGCAUCAUUGUGAUGUUCCUCAUGUCCUGGGUCACUGCCCUGAUCACUUUUGCCACCGUUGUAUUUUUGUACCUCUACGUCUCCUACCGAAAACCAGACGCCAACUGGGGCUCUUCGGCUCAGGCCCAGGCGUACAGUUCUGCACUUAAGAGCAUGCAGGAUCUUGUCAGUGUGGAGGAGCACGUCAAAAACUACCGUCCACAACUUUUGGUGCUCACCGGAAUGCCUGGAGCGCGACCCCCACUGGUCGAUUUCGCCAAUUUGAUCACCAAAAACGUCUCUCUCAUGAUCUGCGGCAACAUUCUCUUGGGCAAUCACAAUCAACGCGUCCAUGAACAUUUGAGAGCCAAAGCCCUCUCCUGGCUGGAAAAGCACAAGACCAGAGGAUUCUUUGCCAUGGUCGAGGACCCAUCGUUCGAGGGAGCUUCACAAUCACUGAUACAACUUGCAGGUCUCGGUAAAUUGAGACCCAACUUGCUGCUCAUGGGCUACAAGGGUGACUGGACCUCUUGCCACAGAGAGGAGCUCAGGGGCUACUUCAACGUAAUUCAUAAUGCAUUGGAUCGCCACUUGGCCGUGGGCAUUUUGAGGUUAAGAGAAGGACUGGAUUACUCGAACGUGGUGGUGGAAGAUGACCAGAAAGAACUGAAGAAGCUUCAAUCAGUGUCUCCAGGGAUCAUGUGGAUCAAACAAAGGGUUAAUCAGUGCCGUUAUUUUGACUGCGACGGUUCCAGCAGCGACAGCAGCCAGCAAGACUCUGCCAAGGAACCAUUGAAGAAGAAGGACAAAAAGAAGAAGUCGACCAGUUACACCUACACUGGUCCAGGUGGUCAGCCUCUGACUAAAGAGGUGCUCAACAGCCUGACUCGAUUUACGAAGAAGCAGCGAAAGGGAACUAUCGAUGUUUGGUGGCUCUACGACGACGGAGGUCUAACCAUCUUGCUUCCCUACAUCCUGAGCCAAAGGAAAAUCUUUGCCGGCUGCAAAUUGCGCAUUUUCGCUCUCGCCAACAAGAAGCACGAAUUUGAACAGGACCAGAGAAAGAUGGCAGCUCUUCUGUCCAAAUUCCGUAUUGAAUUUUGCGACAUUGUUGUGAUUCCCGAUAUUGCAAAGAAGGCGCUGGAAUCGACCAAGAGAGAUUUCGAAGCUCUCAUCAAACCCUUCAGGGUGACAGAAGGAGACACUAAUGCUCCAGACGAUGAAAUUUGCAUUCGCGAUUCAGAGCUGAAGGCUCACAUGGAGAAGACAAACCGGCACCUGAGGUUGAGAGAGUUGCUGCAGAAGCACUCGCGCGAGGCUACCUUUGUUGUCAUGACUUUGCCGAUGCCAAGAAAGGGAACCGUUUCCGCGCCGCUGUACAUGUCCUGGUUGGAAAUGAUGACCAAAGACAUGCCACCCUUCCUCAUAGUGCGCGGCAACCAAACGUCAGUGCUUACCUACUACUCUUAAAGAGGAGCAGAGCGAAAUAAAAAGAUCAUUCCACGCAUUAAUAAGUUUUGAGGCUCAGCCAGUUUUAGAGUUUUCAACACACACGCGCGUCUGAUGUGUAUUUUUCGAAUGAUAAAACAUGUGAAAUUGUGCUCAAAAAUGGAAAAAGGCCUUUUGACGAGUGUCAAACCAAAAUAUUUUUGAAAAUCACAUUCCUUCUUGAAAAAUAAAAAUAAUAGGGCGCAUAUAUUUACAAGAGUGCUGCUAUAUAUGCGAUAAUUUGUAUAAAUGAUAUUCUUGCCUUUAAAACUAUUAUAAAUGAAAAUGUAUUUUGCCACUGUAGAAAUUUUCCAGAGACAAAAUGUGAAUUGUUAUCGCGUUUUUUAGAGAUUUAUGGAGACGAUUGUGCUGCUAUAUAUGAUAAUUUAGAUCUGACGACCGAGUGCUUUGUCUGCUGUUUACAAUCAAAUCAAUAAUUAAUUAUACACACCCACUAUGUAUUAAAAAAAAAUGAUUGACGCUGUUAACAAAAAAUAAUAAAGAGUAAUUUUUAAACCCAA